GCAGGGGGGAGCUGUGACGGCGCAUGGGCCGUCCAGCAGAUCCUUCUGCGCCCCGCGCCUGGCCCCACUCGCUCCGCCACCACCACCACCAGCGCAGCUGCCGCCACCCAGUCUCUACUGGUCAUUACCACUUGGUGCCCCCAGCAGCAGCAGCAGCAGCAGCAGCAGCAGCAGGGCAGGCAAGAGAGCAGGCAGCAGCACGCGGAGAUGUCCCCCUCCCCUGCUGGUCUCAUCACCGUUCACUCCCUCCGUCUCCGCAUUUCCCCUGACCCCGCGCGCGCCUCCGCCUCCGCGUCCGCCUCCGCCUCGCUCCGCCUGGCCGCCUGGAGCGCGCUGCCCCGCGCGCCCACGGCGCGCAGCUGUGACCAUGGCGCGUGGGACGGUGACAGCAGAGGGGUAACGGACGAGAGGGGCGGGGGCGAGAGGGGGCCGGGCGGGGCACGGCCAGCAGCAGGCGAGCAGCAGGAGGUGGGGGAGUGGGCGGGGGAUGAGGGGGAAGGCGGGGGUCAGAGGCUGUGGAUCAGAGACGUUCGCGUGCUGCUGGCUGCAGGUGGUGGUGGCGGGAGCCGGAGGGGCAGAGGGGGCGGAGAAGGGGCGGGCGGUGGGAAGGAGGUGGACGUGUGGAUGCUGCUGCAGGAAGGGCGUGGUCGUGAAGGCACAGGCACAGGCACAGUCUUAUCAGCCCCAUCAGGCACAUCAGCGAAGCACCACACGGUCUGCCUGCCUGUGCGCCGUGUGCUGUUCGACAGCGAUGGCACCGCCACUGGCACUGCACCACGGGACGCAGCAGCUGCAGCAGCAGCAGCGGCGGCGGCGGCGGCGGCAUCUUCGCAGCAACUUCUUCCCCUUCCUCCGUCCCCAUUGUACGCACCAAUCAGCGCCUGCCAGCUGGCGGAGCAGCAGCUAUCAGCCUCGCUUGGCCUCUCAGACUCGACCCUCCACCAGUUCUUCUCCCCCCCGCCUGUAGCUUCCUCGUCAGCCAGUGGGCCAGCAGGAGCAGCUGCUUCUGCACCUGCUGCUACAGCCGCUACAGCCGUGACAGCCACUGCGUUUGCUGAUAUGGGCAGUAGGGCGAGCCUGGUGGCAGCCUUGGGCCUCGUUCCCUUCCUCGAGCUCUCCCCUGUCCUCUGUGCCGCACCCAGCGGAUCCCCUGCAGGGGAAGGAGAGGGCGGAUUACUGGCAGCAGGAACAGCAGCAGGAGGAGAAGCAGGAGGAGGAGGAGGAGGAGGAGGAGCAGGAGCAGGAGGGGCAGGUGAUGCAGUGAAUUGGAGCGCUGUAAACCUGUGGUGCUCUGCCGUACCUGCAGCAGUGAGUGCAGCAGGGCGUGCAGCAGCAGUGUCUACAGCAACGCCCACUGGAAUGCCCACAGGAAUCACUACAGCAGGGCCUGCAGGCCCAGCAAGUGGGGAGCGAGGCAGUUUGGGAGGCAAUCCGCCUCUCCUUUCACCCACCGUGGUUCGUUCCCUGGCCUCCGCAAGACCAGCUUUGGUCGGACCCGGUUCGGGCAGGUUGAACUCGGGCAGCCAAGGAAUCCGGCAGCCAAUGGAGGAGCGCCAGCUGGCGGCGGUGUUGGGAGAGCUUGCCAGCUGUCUGGAGCUGAUUCGCGGGCGAGUGGGUAGGCUGGUCAUGCUGGCGCUGCCCGCGUGUCUCCUCUCGCCGUCCCUGCAGCCUGCUGAUGCAUUUGCACACGUGGCAAAGUUUUUGGAGUUCGGGCAGCUGGCGCCGGGCAGCUCGGGCAGCGUGAACAGGUUGCGGUCGGCUGCCCGGGAAUUUGUUUCGCAGCAGAACACGGAGCACAGGGUGUUUGCAGUGAAGCUGCAAGCUGCCCUGGGCAAUUUGAAAGACGCAGCAGGAGGGAAGUGGAGGGAUGUACUCGAGAUAGUGGAGCUGCUUGUAACGAGUAUGGAUCUGGGUACGCUCGGUGCAUCCGCCUCCUGUGGGUCCCAAGGUGCAGCAUCAACAGCAGCAGCAGCGGAAGGGCAGAACGGGAGUGGGGAAAUAGAUGAUCUACCAAUCAGCAACCUUCUCCCCCCCUCCCUCUUCUCUCCCCUAGAGCUCUCCCACGGUCUCACCCUCUUGCUAGGCUCCCACCUCCACCUCCUCCUCUCCCUCCUCCCCCUCCUCCACUUCCUCCACCUCUCCCGCUCCCCGUUCCUCCUCUCCCCCUCCGACCGCUCGUUUCUCUCUCGCCGCUUGCUGCCCCGCACUCACUCCCUCCUCUCCUCCACCCUCCUCCUCCACACUCUCUCUGACUCCUUUGCUGCUCGGAGCCCGGAAGAUGAUUUCUCUGUGGAUCUCCUCUCACUGCAUAUUGGCGGGAAAGGCGUUGCUGACGUGGACGGCGAUGCUGACGUGGCUGUGGGGGGCAUGCGGGGGUCUGGGAGGUGGCGGGGGUGGUGGCUGCACGGGAGUGCAUCAGAAGAAGACAAGUCUUUUACAGCUGAUGGGGACUCUGACGGGGCUGAAAGCGAGGGAGAAGAAGAAGGGGAGGAGUGCAGUGAUGAGGAGAUGGAGGGAGGGGAGGAGGGGGGUGGACUGGAAGGCAGGGGAGGAAGCGGGGGAGUGGUGGGGGGGUGGCGGUGUGCAAGUGUGAGUGGGGAGGGGCUGCUGUGCGAAGUGAUGAGUGAAGCUGUGCGCCUGCGGUGGGGGCGCGACCCCUGGCAGACUGAAGGGCGCGUGGGGGAGGGGCAGGGAGGGACGGUGGGGGUGGGAGCGCCGAGUUUCCUCCAUCGCGCCGUGCAGAUGGGGCUGAAGUUGCUGGAGCAGAGCCAGUACCACGUGGUGAAGCUCCUCUUGGACUGUGUCGAUCGCGACGCACACUUCUCCCACAACCCCUUAGCCCUUCCCCGAACCAGCGCUUCUGGUUCGGCCGAACCUGAAGCCUCAGCAGCGCGUUCUUUCCUCCUGGGCUUUGCACUGGUUGCCUGCGCACACGUCCCUGCUGACCUCCCCACCUGGUUUCAGCUAAGCGCCACCACUAGCAGCAGCAGCAGUGGCCAGCCAAGUGCCGGUGGCAGCAGCAAGGGACAGAGUGCGUUUUUAGCAGCAGGGGAGGGCGGAGGGCGUGGGUCAGCAGCAAGGGAGGCCAUGCGGGCAGCACUGGUGGAUCGGGCACGCUACAGCGAGGACCCCUCCGCCGCCCGCUUCGCCCUCGCCGCCAUCCACGAGACCGACGCCGCCUUCCCGGAAGCUUCCCACGGCGAACGCGACGAGGAGCGGCACUCACAAGCAGCGGCAGUGGCAGCAGAGGAAGCGGGAGCAGAGGGAGCGGGAGCAGGGGCAGGUGGGGAGGUGGUGAGGGGGGUGAAGGGGCGGCUGUGGGCGAAUGUGUUUGAGUAUGCGGUGCAGGGCGGGCAGUAUGAUGAGGCGUUCUGUGCUCUCGCCUCCAACCCCGACCCGCUCACCCGCAGCAUCUGCCUGCGGCAAUUCGUGGCUGUUCUCUGUGACACAGCCAGCUCUGCUGUAGCCGCCGCUACAGCCGCUACAGCCGCCGGUAGAACCGCUGCAGCGCAGUCAGUGCCAUCGGGACCGUCGGCAGCAUCGGCCGCAGCGGAAGCAGCAGCAGCGGCUGAGGCAGAGAGGGCAGGGAGGGCGUUGUCUACCCUGUGUGGCCGCGAUCUGCCGUACGCUGCUGCUGACCUGCACGUACAGGUGGAGCAGGAGCUGAUGUGGCUCGCUGAGAACUCUGACGUGGCGCUGUCGCUGCCGCUGUCCACGUCAGCGUCGGCGCUGGGCAGGGUGAGCCCGUACAAGCUGCUGUACUCGUUCCACGUGGCGCGAUCUGAUUGGAGGAAGGCCGCGCUGGCCAUGUACCGAUACGCGUGGCGACUAGGCAGGGAAGUUCUGGGCUCAAGCAGUAGCAGUACCAGCAGCAACCGCACUGCACCCACUCCCACUCCUGCUGCUGCUUCUGCUGCGGCUGGAAGUGCGGAUAGGAGGAGGAAGCAGGGGCUUAGUCCUGGUUACCACCAGCCUAGUCCUGGGAGGGUGUUCAGUCCAGGGGUAAAGGGAAGCCCGGGGAUGACGCUGGGUGCAGAGAGAAUCCCCGAGGUGAAGCUGAGUGCAGUGCGGUUGAGAGAGAUGAGCCUGGCUGUGGCUAUUCAGGCGCUGGAGCUGAUGGUGGUGGAGGGGGAGGGGCGGGGAGGGGGAGGAGGGGGGUUGAGGGGAGGAGGAAAGGGGAAGGGUGGCGGCGUGUCAUUGGGCAGCGGCACUGAGCCGGUGGGGCUGGAGGAUCUGCGGAGGGAGCACGCUCUUGUGGCCGCCCAGUCACUGCUCGCCACGUGUCUUGGGACCACUGCAGCGCUGCUGGCGUCAGACGCCCCACCGCACCACAUCAUAUCAGCCUGCGCUCACAACGCCCUCUUCCCCCAAUCUCUCCACCUCGCCACACUCUUCUUCUCGGGCAGCCAGCGGGCAGCUGAACUAUCCGCGAUUCUUUCAGCAGCUGCCCGCCGCUGCUGCAUGGCCCAGCUCGGGCUGUCUCCUGCAGCUGCCCGGGAUCCGAGCAUCAUCUCCUCUCCAGCCUCUGCUGCCACGUCAGCCAAUGCCAGUGCUGCUGCUGCUGAUGUGGCAAGCUCCCCGGUGCUGAUGUGGCAGCAGAUGCAGGUUUGGACCGAGACGUACGUUCGGCACCAUCCGAACCUCCGUGACGUUGUAGCCCGAGCCAUAUUAGGCACCAACCCUGCUCUCCCCUUACCUCCAUGGCUCAUCCGUCUCUUCCUGGAAGGUUCCUCCUCCCCUUCCUCCUCAAUCCCCCUUCCCUUCGCCUCCGCCCCCUCCUCUCUUUCAUCACCCUCCUUCCUCGCACUGGUCUCCACUCCUUUCAACCCAUCUCUCGCCCCUCUCAUCGCUCCGGACCCCUCAUCACUCCUUCGAGUCUACCUGGACUUCAAUCAUCUCAUCCAAGCGUCCCGAUUGGCCCUCGCCAUGCUCCGAGCGUGGAGAGCCGUCCGAUCGGCCGAUCCCCGCACGGCGAAGCAACGGAUGGGCGUCACGUGGCAGCCGCACGCCCUGCUGGACCGGCUGAGACUACAGCUGGCGGCAGCUGCUGCUGUGGGCGAGGAGGGGGAGAGAGGGAGGGGGGCCAGUGGCAGAGGAGGUGGGGGUGGUAGAGAAGGUGUGAGUGCGAGUGUGGGUGAGUAUGAGGUGGUGUGUGCGAUGCGGGGGGAGGUGGAGGCGGCAGUGAGGGCGUAUCUGGGGCAGGUAGAUCUGGAUGGGGAGGACUUCAGGCAGGUGGCCACUGGAGGGGCGGGGGGGGCUGCUUCAGGCACACAAGCAGGGGGAGGCGGAGGAGCAGCAGCAGCAUCGGUGGCAGCAGCGCCUGCAGCCACGGGAGCAGCAGCGGGGAGUGUGUUUGGCAGGCUAGGAGCAGGGUUUGGAUCGCCUCAUGCUUCCCCAUCUGCUGCUGCCCCUUCUGCUGCUCCCUCUGCUGCCCCUCUGUUUGGUGGGGGAGGCAGCACUUUUGGUGGGGCAAGCAGCACUUUUGGUGGGGCAGGCAACGCUUUUGGUGUAAGAGAUGGCGGUGAGAAAAACACAGGAGCAAUCGAUGGUGGGGGGAAGGCUGCUGCUGGUGCUGCUGGUGCUGGUGCUGGUGGCGCUGGUGUGGCUGUGGGGCUUGGGUCGAGUGCAGUAGGGUUUGGGUCGAGUGCAGGAGGGUUUGGGUCGAGUGCAGGAGGGUUUGUGUCAAGUGAAGGUGCUGGAAAUGGGGGUUUUGGGGGAGGGGCAGGAAAAACUGAAGGGGGAAGUGGGGGAGGGGAACAAGGAACAGGGUUUGGUGGGUUUGGAGCAAGCACAGGAGGAGGUUUUAGAGGAGGAUUCGGAGCAGGCAGCGGUGGUUUUGGAGCAGGCGGCAGUGGGAUUGGGGCAGGCAGCGGUGGUUUUGGGGCAGGCACUGGUGUUUUUGGGGCAGGGACCAGUGGGUUUGGAACCGGCACUGGUGGUGGGGCACGUAGUGGUGGGUUUGGUGCGGGUAGUAGUGGGUUUGGGGCAGGUGGUGGUGGUGGUGGUUUUGGGGCAGGUGGUGGUGAAUUUGGGGCAGGUGGUGGUGGUUUUGGGGGAGGAUCUGUGGGGUUGGGCACAGCUGCUGGCAGCAGUUCAAGUGGGUUUGCUGGUGCAUUUGGAAGCACAGUGCACAAGUGA